AUGCCGCAGCUCGCCACCUCUAUCGAGGCGACUUCGCCCACGACCCCUCGCCUGAACGAAGCCGUUCUUCCUACAAGUCCUUCGUCGGGAGGUGCAGUGUCCUACAACCAGAACAUAGACCUGCAGCCCUUCCCCGUCAUCAAAGCGUCCGUCAAUGGCGCCAUCAUCCCCCCCGCUUCAUCCCAGAUCCUGGGCAACCAGGAAAGGCAGGUCGCCCUGGAGCUCGAGGAUGGCACCGUCUGUCAGGGUUACAGUUUCGGUGCGCAGAAGAGCAUCUCGGGUGAAUUGGUCUUCCAGACCGGUAUGGUGGGCUACCCCGAGUCCGUCACGGACCCCUCAUACCGCGGCCAAAUCCUUGUCAUUACCUUCCCCCUCGUGGGCAACUACGGUGUCCCCUCGCGGGAGACGAUGGACGAGGUUCUGAAGACGCUUCCAAAGCACUUCGAGUCCAACCAGAUUCACAUUGCGGGGUUGGUCGUGGCGUCAUAUUCCGGCGAAGACUACUCUCACUUCCUCGCCGUUUCCUCCUUGGGUCAAUGGCUCAAGGAGCAGGGAGUUGUCGGUAUCUACGGUGUCGACACUCGAGCGCUCACCAAGCGCAUCCGUGAGAAGGGUAGUAUGCUCGGUCGUCUUCUGCAGCAGAAGCCUGGCACGUCCAAUGGCACCGAUGGUGCCACUCUCAUCGGAGACGUUGACGGAGCGGACAAAGACAGCUGGAGGGCCCUGUACGAGCAGGUCGAAUGGGUAGACCCGAACAAGAAGAACUUGGUCAGCGAAGUCUCCAUCAAGGAGCCUCGCCUGUUUUCUCCGCCAGAGUCCGUUGCCCUGAAGCACCCCUCUGGCCGUCCCGUCCGUGUCCUGUGCUUGGAUGUCGGUCUGAAGUAUAACCAGCUUCGCUGCCUGCUGGCGCGCGGUGUCGAGGUACUGGUGGUUCCGUGGGACUACGACUUCCCGACCUUGGCCGGUAAAGAUUACGACGGUCUGUUCAUUUCCAACGGUCCCGGUGAUCCCGCAACGCUCUCGGUCACUGUUUCCAACAUUGCCAAGACUCUCAAGGAGGCCAGGACACCCGUCUUUGGUAUCUGUCUUGGUCACCAACUGUUGGCGCGUGCUGUUGGUGCGAACACUAUGAAGAUGAAGUUCGGUAACCGUGGUCACAACAUCCCGUGUACGAGCAUGAUCUCUGGGAAGUGUUACAUCACCUCCCAGAACCACGGAUACGCCGUGGACGCAAACACUCUCCCAGAAGAUUGGCAGGAGCUUUUCGUGAAUGCCAACGACGGCAGUAACGAGGGUAUCAGACACGUCAGCCGUCCCUACUUCAGUGUUCAGUUCCACCCCGAGAGCACCCCCGGCCCGAGGGACACGGAAUUCCUGUUCGAUGUCUUCAUCAAUGCCAUCAAGGAUACUCUUGCCUCUCCUGAGGCUCUGAACAAGCCUGUCACCUUCCCUGGUGGUACCAAGGAGGAGAACAUCAAGAUCGCCCCCAGAGUCCAUGUGAAGAAGGUUCUGGUCCUCGGAAGUGGAGGUCUGAGCAUUGGACAAGCCGGAGAGUUCGACUAUUCCGGAAGUCAGGCUAUCAAGGCCCUGAAGCAGGAGGGUAUCUACACCGUCCUCAUCAACCCUAACAUCGCUACCAUCCAGACUUCCAAGGGUCUGGCAGACAAGGUGUACUUCCUUCCGGUCAAUGCGGACUUUGUGCGCAAGGUCAUCAAGCAUGAGCGUCCUGACGCUAUUUAUGUCACCUUUGGUGGACAGACCGCGCUCCAGGUCGGUAUCCAGCUCAAGGACGAGUUCGAGGAACUGGGCGUUAAGGUUCUGGGUACCCCCAUUGACACGAUCAUCACUACUGAGGAUCGUGAGCUGUUCGCUCGGAGCAUGGAAUCCAUCGGAGAGAAGUGUGCCAAGUCGGCUUCCGCCUCGACCCUUGAGGAGGCUCUGCAGGUAGUUGAGGACAUUGGAUUCCCAGUUAUCGUCCGUGCCGCCUACGCGCUUGGUGGCUUGGGUAGUGGUUUUGCGGAUAACAUGGACGAACUGCGCGCCCUUUGCACGAAGGCUUUUGCUGCCAGUCCUCAGGUUCUGAUCGAGAGGAGUAUGAAGGGCUGGAAGGAAAUCGAGUACGAAGUCGUGCGAGAUGCCCAGGACAACUGUAUCACCGUCUGUAACAUGGAGAACUUCGACCCUCUCGGUAUCCAUACCGGUGAUUCCAUCGUCGUUGCUCCAUCUCAGACUCUUUCUGACGAGGACUACAACAUGCUCCGAACCACCGCUGUCAACGUCAUCCGUCACCUUGGCGUGGUCGGAGAGUGUAACAUCCAAUAUGCCCUGAAUCCGUUCUCAAAGGAAUAUUGCAUUAUCGAGGUCAAUGCUCGUCUGUCACGAUCUUCUGCCCUGGCUUCAAAAGCAACUGGAUACCCUCUCGCCUUUAUUGCCGCCAAGCUCGGUCUCGGAAUCCCAUUGAACGAGAUCAAGAACUCUGUCACUAAGGUGACAUGCGCAUGCUUUGAACCAUCCCUGGACUACGUUGUCGUCAAGAUUCCCCGCUGGGAUCUGAAGAAGUUCACCCGUGUUUCUACCCAGCUCGGCUCAUCUAUGAAGAGUGUUGGUGAAGUCAUGGCCAUUGGACGGACAUUCGAGGAAGCUAUCCAGAAGGCUAUCCGAUCAGUCGAUUUCCACAACCUUGGUUUCAACGAAACCAACGCUCUUAUGUCCAUUAAGGGAGAGCUCCAGACGCCUUCUGACCAGCGUCUGUUCGCGAUUGCCAACGCGAUGCACUCUGGUUACACUGUGGAUCAGAUCUGGGAGCUGACUCGGAUCGACAAGUGGUUCCUCCGCAAACUGAAGGGUCUGAGUGACUUUGGAAAGCAGAUGAGCACGUACAACGCGUCGACUGUGCCUGUAGACUUGAUCCGACAGGCCAAGCAACUUGGAUUCGCUGAUCGUCAGCUUGCCAAGUUCCUCGAUUCCAAUGAGCUUGCUGUCAGGCGAAUGCGCGUAGAGGCUGGUAUCGUGCCCGUUGUGAAGCAGAUUGAUACCGUCGCUGCGGAGUUCCCGGCUUUCACGAAUUACUUGUACCUCACCUACAACGGUUCUGAGCAUGAUAUCUCCUUCGAGGACCACGGUAUCAUGGUUUUGGGAUCGGGUGUCUACAGAAUCGGUUCGUCGGUUGAGUUCGAUUGGUGCUCGGUUAGGACCAUUCGAACGUUGCGCGAGCAAGGCCACAAAACCAUUAUGGUCAACUACAACCCGGAGACGGUCAGUACUGACUACGAUGAGGCUGACAAAUUGUACUUCGAGAAUAUCAAUCUGGAGACCGUCCUGGACAUCUACCAGCUGGAAUCUUCCAGCGGUGUGAUCAUCUCCAUGGGUGGACAGACCCCUAACAACAUUGCUCUGCCUCUCCACCGUCUCAAUGUUAAGAUCCUGGGCACCUCGCCUGAGAUGAUCGACGGCGCUGAGAACCGAUACAAGUUCUCUCGUAUGCUCGACCAUAUCGAUGUGGACCAGCCUGCCUGGAAGGAACUCACCAGUACUGAGGAGGCGACUGAGUUCUGUAACAAGGUUGGCUAUCCUGUGCUCGUGCGCCCGUCCUACGUGCUGUCAGGUGCCGCUAUGAACACUGUGUACUCUCAGGACGACCUGGCAAGUUACCUCAACCAGGCGGCUGAAGUCUCCCGGGAACAUCCCGUCGUGAUCACCAAAUACAUCGAGAAUGCUAAGGAGAUCGAGAUGGAUGCAGUUGCUCGCGAUGGUGUCAUGGUUGGCCACUUCAUCUCGGAGCAUGUGGAGAACGCUGGUGUGCACUCUGGUGAUGCAACACUUAUCCUGCCGCCGCAAGACUUGGACCCGGAGACGGUACGAAGGAUCGAGGAGGCCACGCGCAAGAUUGGAAACGCACUUAAUGUCACAGGUCCUUUCAACAUCCAGUUUAUUGCCAAGGACAAUGACAUCAAGGUCAUCGAGUGCAACGUCCGUGCUUCCCGAUCGUUCCCCUUCGUGUCCAAGGUUAUGGGUGUCGAUUUGAUCGAGAUGGCCACGAAGGCUAUGCUUGGUGUUCCCUUCGUUGAGUACCCACCAGUGACCAUCCCGAAAGACUAUGUCGGAGUGAAGGUUCCUCAAUUCUCUUUCUCCCGACUGUCUGGAGCCGACCCUGUCCUAGGUGUCGAGAUGGCCUCCACCGGAGAGGUUGCCUCCUUCGGUCGCGACAAGUAUGAGGCUUAUAUCAAGGCCCUCAUAUCCACUGGAUUCCGUCUGCCAAAGCGAAACAUCCUGUUCUCCAUUGGCUCCUUCAAGGAGAAGCUCGAGUUGCUUCCCUCGAUCCAGAAACUGCACCAGAUGGGCUACAACCUCUUCGCGACUGCUGGUACUGCCGAUUAUCUUAAGGAACAUGGCGUUCCAGUGAAGUACCUGGAAAUCUUGGCUGGCAACGAGGAAGAUGUCAAGGCCGAGUACUCCCUGACCCAGCACUUGGCCAACAACCUCAUCGAUCUUUACAUCAAUCUGCCGUCCAGCAACCGCUUCAGACGACCGGCCAACUACAUGAGCAAGGGCUACCGCACUCGUCGUAUGGCUGUUGACUAUCAAACUCCGCUGGUGACAAAUGUCAAGAAUGCGAAGAUUCUGAUUGAGGCUAUCGCUCGUCACUAUGACUUGAACGUGCAGACGAUCGAUUACCAGACCAGCCACCGCACUGUUGUUCUACCUGGUCUGAUCAACAUUGCGGCUUUCGUCCCAGGAGUCGCCACUCCGGGCUCGAAAGAUUUCCAGCAAGUGACCAAAGCCUCUGUUGCAGCUGGUUUCACCAUGGUUCGCAUCAUGCCUGUUGGCGUUGACAGUUUCGUUACCAACGCUCGUGCCUUGAAGACGGCCCAGCAGAACUCCCAGAAGGGAGCCUACUGCGACUACAACUUCUCGGUUGCCGCCACAGCUACCAACUCCGACCAGAUUGGCGCGGUGACUAGUGAGGUUGGCUCUCUCUUUAUUCCAUUCAACCACCUGUCGGGCAACAUCAACAAGGUCGCUGCUGUCACCAACCAUUUCGGCGCUUGGCCUGCUAACAAACCGAUGAUCACUGAUGCCAAGUCGACUGAUCUUGCCUCGAUCCUGCUCCUGGCGAGUCUCCACAACCGGAAUGUCCAUGUCAUGAGUGUGACUUCUAAGGAGGACAUUAAUCUCAUUGCGCUUAGUAAGGAGAAGGGUCUUAAGGUGACCUGCGAUGUGUCGAUCUACUGCUUGUUCCUCUCGCAGGCCGACUUCCCUAACAGCUCUUACCUGCCUACUGCUGAGGAUCAGAAGGCUCUGUGGGAGCACCUGAGCACGAUUGAUGUAUUCUCCAUUGGCAGCAUCCCCUACCAAUUGGCCGGUAAGAAUGCUUCGCCUUUGGUUGGAAUCGCAGACGCAUUGCCUCUGCUGCUUACUGCUGUCUCUGAGGGCCGUCUGACCAUUGAGGACAUCACUGCUCGACUGUACGAGAACCCCAAGCGGAUUUUCGAGCUUCAUGACCAGGCAGAUACCACCGUCGAGAUUGAGAUCGAUCGGCCUUACAUUUACCAGAACGAUGAGACAUGGUCUCCAAUCCUCGGCAAGGCGAUGAGAGGUGCUGUGCAACGUGUGAUCUUCCAGGGCAAGACCUCUUGCUUGGAUGGAGAGAUCACUCCCGAUGCCCCCAAGGGCCAGGACAUGUCUGGCCACAGGAUUGCACCGGUGUCUCCUUCAAUCAAAGCGAUGUCUCCCGUGGUUCACCCGCGCCCUGAAAGCUCCCUUGACAGGCGGAUGUCCAUCUCUGGGACUCCAGCGCGUGCCCCGCGUACUAGGAACGUCGAUAUCCCUGGUCCAGUUUCCAAUGAGCUUGGUCCUCCUCUUUACGCUCCCCCCGUGUCUCAGGUAUCUCCUUCGCUUCUUGAGCUCCUUUCGCGAUCUCCAUUCCGCCAGAAGCACGUCCUUUCCGUUAACCAGUUCACCCGCUCCGAUCUCCAUCUGCUGUUCGCUGUCGCACAGGAGAUGCGCCUAGGUGUUCAGCGCCAGGGAGUUCUUGACAUUCUGAAGGGCCGUGUUCUGUGCACCCUCUUCUACGAGCCCUCGACCAGAACAUCUGCGUCCUUCGAUGCUGCCAUGCAGCGCCUCGGAGGACGUACCAUUGCGAUCUCGACGGAGCACUCUUCUACAAAGAAGGGUGAGACUCUGCAGGACACCCUCCGGACCCUUGGCUGCUACGGUGAUGCCAUUGUCCUCCGCCACCCUGAGGAGAGAAGUGUCUCUAUUGCUGCCAAGUUCGCCCCUGUGCCUGUCAUCAACGGUGGAAAUGGAAGUCUUGAGCACCCCACUCAAGCAUUCCUGGACCUUUUCACUAUCCGUGAAGAGCUGGGAACUGUGAGCGGUAUCACAGUCACUUUCACUGGUGAUCUGAAACAUGGACGCACUGUCCACUCUCUUAUCAAGCUUCUCCAGUUCUACGAUGUCCGCGUCCAGCUCAUCGCCCCCAAGGGUCUUGCUUUGCCGGAGGAGGUCCGCCAGCAGGUCGCCAAAUCUGGCCAGCUAGUCUGCGAGUCCGAGAAGCUGACUCCAGAGAUUGUGGCGCGCUCCGAUGUUCUGUACUGCACUCGUGUGCAGAAGGAGCGCUUCGCUGAUCUGGAGGAAUACGAGCGUCUCAAGAACAGCUUCAUCAUUGACAAUGCUGUUCUCAAGCAUGCCAAGAGCCACAUGGUCGUCAUGCACCCUCUACCAAGAAACGCUGAAAUCGGCGAGGAGGUCGAUUUCGACCAGAGAGCGGCUUACUUCCGACAGAUGAGAUAUGGUCUCUACACCCGCAUGGCUCUGCUUGCAUUGGUUCUGGCGCCUUGA